AAUACAGUAUUGCUCAUGAUUAGUUCAUGUUACAUUAACUAAUGUUUAACUAAUGAACCUUACUGUAAAGUGUUACCAUGUUUAUUUUGUUAUAAAAUAAUAAGAUGGAAAUUAUUUAUGUUGUUAUCUGGCACUGCCAGUUUGCAGUUUGUUUAGUGGAAUAGUCCUUUUACUUGAUUGCUUUUGCCUAAAGAUAAAGAUUUUGUUUGGUAAUGGUUGUUUGUACACUAAAAAUAGUUGCUUUUACUUUUUUCACUGUCCUUCUUGUGCAAAGCCAAUACGCAGAGUUCAUCUGCAGCAACCCCUCAUAGAUAAUGUAAGAAGUAAUGUGAGAGGAUACCUACAGAAAAGACAUUGGAGAACACAUAAACACAUGCACCAUAUCAGAUGACUUAGCAUGUAUUGUUACAAUUAUGCAAAUGACUGUUCACAUUUGUAAUGCAAUGGUGUAUUCUCCAGUUUUCUAAAUUAGCGUACAAAAGACAUUAAUUUACCUUGACUGUGGCAACCUUAGUCAACUUCUCUUUUUUUCAAAGAUUUAUACAUCUUCACCCAAAUAGUAAAAAUAAAAUGUAAAAUCACUUGAAUAUCACCAGUGCUUAAAAAGCUUUAGCUUUUGUUUGUCAGACUUUAGGCCUUUUUUUUAUACAAAACUACACACAGAGGCAACUUUGCUGAUUUGGCAAAUAGGGUGACAGUGAACAGUCCCUUAUGUCAUUAUUCUAGAUAUUUUCCUGCUUGGCAUUCUUGCUGACAUCUAUAUCCCUACUCUGUUUUAUAGCACUGUCUCUCGAACAGAACCAAUCAGGAAAAGUGCCAUUAAAAUAGCAUUACACAAAGUAGGUUCUGUCUCAAAUUGUAUGAAUACAUGAAUGUGAAGUGUGAGGGGGAAAAUAUUGUACUAGAUUACACAGGAGAAAAUUUUGUUGUUAAACUUUCUUUAGUUCAUUGUAGAUUCCCAUUUAUCCCACUUAUAGUGUGUAAGAUGUAUUUUUAAUCUUAGAGCAACUGCAUUAUGCUUAAAAUGCAACUCAAGUACAUACUGCUAUCAAACGGUAUAUUCACAGCAUGAAAAUUCAUGUCCUCUGAAAAUAACCUAAUUUUCUUUACUUGCAAUAUCUCUUCCUUCCACUACACAUGCACACUUUGGACUCGACUACUUUGUACCUCAUCAUGAAUUAAGUAUUAGAGCGUUGUGCCUGAUGUCACUCUGGGCCUGAAGAUCUGAGAAAUAAGACUGCAGAGUGAGAAUACAAAUGUGUUCAGCAACUGUUCUGCAAGACAGCAAACCAUAUCAAAUUACCAAAGUAAGCUGCUUAAGGUUUCCUACUUUCAGUCAGUACAACAGUCUGAAACAAUGGGCUGAGUGUUGUUUUUAUCUCCAAGAAACAUCUUAGAUAUAACAUUUAAAAAGGGUAAGAUGAAAACUUUUUCUCCUAAGGCCUUUUGUUUGCAAUAAUUGAGGUAAUAGUUGAGGUAAUAAUUGAGUAUCGCAUUAAACGUGUAUCAGCACAUUCCUUCCUGCACUAAUUAUAAGUAAUGCAUUUAACGCUAUAUUAAAAUUAUUUUAAUUGAUGUAUUAUUGUUUAUUUUUACAGUUAUCUUUAUGUUACAGUUAUCUUUAUGUUGUCAUGGCUGCUGUUGUCAUGACUGUGGUUGCCAUAUGUUGCAGCAGAGCAACUACGUCUUCUUUUUUCCUACAUUAUCUAUAAUGAGAGAAUGUAUUUAUUUUGAUCACAUAGGUCCAAAAUAGGCCUUGAUACAAGUCUCUGCAAAUAGCUUCUACAAAUUCUCUGCAAAGAUGUCCGCUGGCUCUCCACUGAGUAAUAAGACUUCACCUAGUACAUCUCCACAGCCUCCUCUAAGCCCAUCAGCACAGUCAGACAUAGAAGGUCAUGAGAACACAAAGCCUACUUCUGUAGGAUCUUCGUUUUCCUUACCAUGCUGGGCUACCCAGGCCCUAUGUGAUUUGGCAAAAUGUGAAACAGACCUCAGGCGACUGCGGGAGCAACAAGUGACUGAAGCGCAGACAGUAGGUCGAGGUGUGGAGCGUGCACUACUUGGAGCACAAAGGGAAGAGCACCGUCUACUGGAAAGGGUAGAACAGGAUCACCGGGAUCUACAGCGCAGACUGGAACAGGUGCAGAGGGAGAAUGGAGCAGCCAUAAGGGUUGGACAAAGAUUAGUGGACCAGCGAUUAUAUAAAGUCAUUAAACUUCGAGAGUUAAUAAGAAAAAGUUGUGGUGGUGAUGGUAGUAAAGAUCGAGAGGGGGAUCUGAAGCGGGACCAGCUUCUUAGGGGUGUUACAGAACUGAUCCAGCCUUGGGAAGUCUCACUUACACUCAAACGUGUGUCUUUUAAACCAAGUGCCCAACCAAACGCUGUAACCUUUGGUGAGAUCAAAGUGCAAGAUCACAAUGUUCAGCUUCCUGUUGGAGGCUGUGGGCAGCAGGGGCAAAUGUGUUCCCUCCAUGCCACUGAAGCACGCAGUGGGGCUCAUGUUAGUGGAGGAGGCCAGAGCACACCUGAUGGAACAAGUCCUGGGCAGAACCAAAUCCUAUCUCCUGGGCCUAAUCCAAGGCACUCAUCAACUAGUUGUGGGAACUUGAGGGUUGUCCGGAAGCUCCGUUUGUCAGCCCGAAGUGAUGAUGAAUCAGGGGAAGAAGUAAAACGCCAGUCCCCACAACUGCUUUACAGGUCCCCUAAACAAGUCCCAUGUGAACAUGAUUCAUCACAGGAGGAUGAGUGUGAAUCACCUUCAUCUGAAUGCAAAGGAGAUGAGCUCUUUUUAGCUGUGCCAUCACUUAGUCAUGGUGAGUUAGAGGCUGAGGAUUUUGCUUGUAUACAAAAUGAACCAAUCACACAAUUUGCUUCACAGAGAGCAAGAAGGCAAAAAGAACUAUCUCCGUCUCCAGAGCAAGGUCACCAAGAACAAGGUGGCUGGUUCUUGAAUCAGUUUGACCAUAAAAAUCAUGCCAGAAGGACCGGAUCAUCAAUAGAAACAUCACGGUAUGGCACACACUCAUCACCACAAAGCCCCAGAGAGAUAAUCUCUAGUCAAGGCAGCAACAACCACUUCUAUCGUGGCAGGUCUUGCUCCCAAUUAAGUGCAUCCUCAGAUGACCACCCACAAAACCGUGCACCAUCCCCUGCAGACAGUGUAGAUUCUGGGUACACUUUCAUUGUCAGCUCCCCACGAGAUUUCUCCAACUCCUUGCGUCCUACUGCUCGCCUCUCCAGAUCAGCUGCUGACCUUUCCUACUGUAACAGACCCCUCAGUGAAACCAGAACACAGCAAUCAAGCAUAUGGACUGGUUCUAAGACUCAUAUGUCCUCAAGCUCCACCUUCCAAAAAAGAAGCGAGGUGUCACGGACUAAAUCCUGUCCUAGUCAUGGUAACUUCUCUCAAAAGAACACCCAACAACAUCCUACUUGCUCCAGUAGAGUGUCUCGCUCGCUUUCUAUGUCUGUUAUCGAUAACUCAUCUCAGAAAAGAAUGAACCUCCUUACCGGACGGCAGAAUUCUCUAAAUGAGAACAGACUGCGGGGAGAGAAGAGUGAGCCAGCCCUCCGAGUGUUAGAGGAGGAUGAGGAAUCAUUGGCACCAGAGGAGGUGCGCCUUGUCCGGCAGUUUGGUAAACAAGGCUCAGGACGUGCUGAUCUCACGCUUCCCAGUGGUGUCCACGCAACACCGCAAGGUCAACUGUUCCUUGUGGAUUGUGGGAAUGCUCGUGUCCAGGUAACUGAUGCCCAUGGCAACAUCCUACAACAAGUGACUUCACCAAGUAACGAUUUAGGAGGCUCCUCGCGACGCUGCCGCAAUUACUUUGAUGUGGCCGUUAAUGCCAAGGGUCUGAUUGCUCUGAGCUGUGCAGCUGAGAGGGCUCUCCUGAUCCUUAGUCGGCAUGGGCGUCUCCUUCAAACAUUUGGAGGGGGACCCUACAUUGCAGGAGUGCCUCGAGAUGAGUUGGAAGCACCGAGAGGAGUGACAGUCACCCAAAGAGAUGAAUUCCUAGUUGCAGAUAUACGAAAGGGUACUCUUACUGCACUGAAACUUGAACCUAAAACCGGUUCCAGAUUGGAACGCACUGUGGUGACUGGUUUCCACAGGCCUUAUCUGGUUGCAGCAUGCCUGCACUCUGGUCUGGUUGCAGUGUCUGAGCGAGGCAGUGAAAUGGGGCAGGAGCCUUGUGUGAAGAUAUUAGGACCAGCAUGGGACACCCUACGAAUCCUGGGUGUGUGUUCCAGCUUAGGUCCAGUACUCUCCUGUCCCUGGGGCCUCUGCAUUGAUAAGGAUGGGGCUGUGUUGGUGGCAGACUGGGGAGAAAAACAUAGAGUGCUGCUUUAUCCUUCUGAAGGGGCAGGACGAGUGAUUGUGUCUGAUGGACUGAGCAGCCCUCGUGGACUGGCACUUUUACCACAUGAUCUCCUGGUUGUGUCAGAUAGCAUGCACCACUGCAUUAAAAUUUAUCAGUACAAAUGAAUAGUUACCACAAAGCUCAAGAUUCAAAAGAAAGAAGUCACUGAAUGUGAUGAGUUUUGGCAAUAUAUAUUUAAUUUACUAUUUGCUGCCAGUGCAAUAUCAUAUUGCAUGGCAUAUAGCAGGGCUCAACAACCUACAAUAAGCAAUAACAGUAGAGAUGAAUACAAGUUUGUUGUUUAUUGUUGAAAAAAUGUUGGAAUCCCAUACAUACCAAUUAACCUCUUAAUGCAAUUCUAGUCAUACAUCCUGUCCUAUAGCAAGCUCUAUGGGAAAGCUAACACCUUUAGUUGCAAUGAAGCUGUACAUGUGCAUUGUGCUGCAUGACCCAUGUAUGCAUACUUACUUGUGACCAGUUUUUGACCAGAGUAUUAUUUUGUGGGAUAUGAAGCUGUACAUGUGCAUUGUGCUGCAUGACCCAUGUAUGCAUACUUACUUGUGACCAGUUUUUGACCAGAGUAUUAUUUUGUGGGAUAUUUUGUUGGGUGGAGGUGAUGUGUAUUUAUUUAUAUACACAUGAUGUUAAAAAUGUUGCUGACACCUGGGUAAUAGCUUCACGAAACACUUCACACAUUUUGUCACAAAAGGGCAUGGAAACAUUUUAUUUACUUUUUUAAUUGAAAACUCAGAUAGAAUGCAGUAGGUUGACUGACCUUUGCACAUAGAAAUGUAGAUUUUCCUGUGUGUUUGUGCAUUGACAUUUGUUUUGAAUCCUUGGUUGCUUCUAUUGCGAUUUCUUUAACAAUACAGUACAUGACUUUGUUGUAAUUAUACAGGUAUAUACUAUUGACACCGUGGAACCUUACCAGCAGGAGGCAGUAAAGAUACAUGAACAUGUUAAUGCAUUUUUAAUGCUUUGGGAUCUUUCAUGAAUGAAGAAUGGAAUUAAACCAUUCAUAAUACAUGCAUAUAAAUUUAUACAUUUUAUGCUUUCUAAAAUAUAUAAAUUUACAUAUAGUUCAGUGUCUUUUACUGUUCUUAAAAUAUAACAUUAAAGAAGCUUUUCUGUUUGAGCAUUUCUGUUCACUAUUAAUCUGCUUACCCUUAGAAUAGCAACAGGAAUGUAACUACUGAAUGUGAAAUAUUCUUGGUAAGACUCUGAAAUCUUAAAAAGUGAACCAGAACCACUGGAAUGUUUUAAAUAAUUAUGAAUGUUUUUCCUACUAGUUCAAGAAUCCUCAGAGUUCUAUAAUGACUUGAUGAAUGAAUGAGAGCCUUUUGAAGGGCAUGUUGACUAACAAACACACCCAGUCUGAUACAUCUUUACAGUUUGAAUUUAGGCUUAACACAGUCUUUUGGCUUCUUCACAAAGAGCAGGAUGGCUAUACUCUAAUCAAAAUGACAGCAGUUUACUUUACUAGGAGGGUCUACAUAAGCAUGCAGACAGUUGUCACCUCAUUUCAUGCAGAAAAAAAAAAAAAAAAUAGAAAUAUGUUUCAUGAUAUCCUUCCUGUGCCCUAAAAAUGGUUUGUUGUUCAAUAGAAAUGUUUUCCUCUCCCUUGUUUAUGCUCUCAGAGGAUGUGGUGUCUCCUUGUCAGGAAGCAGAGCCUUGUCUUUGACUUUGUGUGUGACUGAAGCCGGAAUUAAUUCAACUAAGGUUCUAAUCACAAGUCCACACAUCCCUUUUCAUGAAUGACCUUCAACAGUGGUUUAAGACACACUUUCAUAGUUUAUUUUUAUGAGUGUGGGAUGUGAAAUUGUGAGAAAACAUGGGUAGAUGAACUUCCCAGAAAGCAGAACCUGUUCCACCUGCUCCAUUCUAGAAUUGUUGUAGGAAGUUAUAUAUUUUUAACAAUAAAUAUUUUAAUAGUAAGUUUUCAGAUUUUUUGUUUUAUUUCUUUUUUAGAGAUAGAAUCGAUUUUAUUCUAUUCUAGUCUAGUGUGUUUUAUUAUGACUUACUGUAACAGGAAUAAUAGAAAAAAAAAGUUUUACACCACCAUCUUGUCUGAGAGAUCCCAUAUAAUGGUUGCAAUGAAUAAGGCAUCUAAGAAUGUUAUUUAGAAAGGAAUGUUAGAUGGCCCUUAAAACGUCUCAAAUAAAAAUGUAUCCUGCGGUGUCUAAAAGAAAAAAAAAAUCCCACCUAUAAAAGAACUGGGUGCAAGUUGUCCUUCAUUAUAGAGGAAUGCCUGAGUUUGCAUUUUGUCUACCAACCCUAAACCACAUCAGCCCACAUAGGGUAAAGUUAUGUCUUGGAAUAAAAAAAAGAAAGAACACAGAUAACUAACUUUCAAAAUGGAAAUGACAUGCUUUAAAAUGUUUCAGUAGUCUGAGAAAUUAAAAUGUCUCAAAGAGAAUGAUAAUGACAUAGCGAACCUUUUGAUAUUGUGUUUAUGAGGCCUAGCUUGUUGUAACAGUAACAGUUUUACCACAAGUCUCAGUGUGCAGCUGCAUAUUUGAGAUCCUCAUGCAACCUAUAAUAAUGUACUUAUGGAUAAUUAUUAAUAUGGAGCUUUUCUCUAGAAGACAAAGUAGAGGAAGGGUUUGUCACUGUUUUUGUGUUGUGCAUGUCUUAAUGAAAUUUACCACUGGUCUAUCCAUGUAAGAAUUAAAAAAUAAUAAUAAU